AUGUCAGGAGGCUGGAAUACCAUCGAGUCGGACGCGGGCGUCUUCACAGAGCUGCUCGAGAAGCUUGGAGCCAAGGAUGUGCAAUUCGAAGAGCUCAUCUCUCUGGACGCGGACUUACUACGCCAGCUAAGCCCCGUCUACGGCGUCAUAUUUCUCUUCAAAUACCCCACCGGCGAGCCCCCCAGCUCCGUCCCCAAAGACGGCACUUUCGACCACUCCGCCGCCGAGAACAUCUUCUUCGCUGCCCAAACCAUUCAGAACGCCUGCGGGACACAGGCCCUGCUCUCCGUGCUCCUGAACAAGGACGGCGAGAUCGACAUCGGCUCCCCCCUGCGCGACUUCAAAGAGUUCACUACCGCCUUUCCCGCAGAUCUCCGCGGCGAAGCCCUCUCCAACUCGGACCUCAUCCGCGAAACCCACAACUCCUUCGCGCGCUCCUCGCCCUUCAUCUCCGACGAAUCCCGCACCGCGACCGCCGACGACGACGUCUACCACUUCAUCGCCUAUACGGCCAUCAACAACGUCCUCUACGAGCUCGACGGGCUGCAAGCGGCGCCCAUCUCGCACGGCCCGUGCGCCGGGGACGAGUUCCCUGACAAGGUGAUACCGGUGCUGCAGAGAAGGAUCGAGCGAUACCCGCCGGGGGAGAUACGGUUUAAUCUGCUGGCUGUGUGCCGCGACCUGAGGGCCCGGGCUAGGGAAGUCGGGGACGAGGAGGGGCUGAGGAGGGAGGAGAGUAAGAGGGUGGAAUGGGCGUGGGAGAAUGCGCUGCGGCGGCAUAACUUCGUCGGGUUUGUGGGCGAGCUUGUGAAGGGGGUUGUGAGGGCAAAGCUGAAGGAGGGCGAGGGCGCUUAUGAGGAGUGGGUCAAGGAGGCGGUGGAGAGGAGCAGGAAACGAAGGGAGGAGGGACGCAGGAAGGGGGACGGGCGGGAUGAGAUGGAAGUGUGA